AUGGGAUCUUUGAAUACGUUGUUCCCAGGACAGCCUCCUAGAUUUGAACCACACAUUACCAUAACUACAAAUAUAAUGAUAGACUUAGAUGAUCCCAAUAAAACACGAGACGAUGUCGACCGAAUAUUAUCUGCUAGCGCUGUGGCAUUAAGUUCGUUACCUAAAAACCAUGAUAAAUUAGUCAGAUUAGGGCGGGUCAAUAGUCAACGGAAAUUCUUUAAAAAGCUUUAUUUCCAAGUCGACAGUGAUCCUAAUUUAGUGUCGUUUGCCAGAAUAAUACGGGAAUUGUUUGUGAUUUUACCUCACGAUAUAGAAGAGGAAAACAUCAAGCAAAAUCCUCAGUUGUAUACCAAGGAUUCCAAUGGGAAUACAGUAAAGAGGAAACUUUCUAAAAAAAGAACUAAACUGCAAUCUCCACCUGCACAAGAAGCUAAACAGUUUGAUACAUCAGGAUUACAGUAUCUUGCGGCUCAGAAAGCAGCCGAUUGGUCACUUAACGAGUUUGACCCACACUUAUCAUUAGUCUAUAGUAAUAUUCAUCCCAUUGACAAUGCAUUAUGGAGAACCAUCAAGACGAGAAUCUCAGAUUAUUUAGACAUUGACAAUGUUGAUAGUGAUAGUUUUAAUAGUGGUGUUUCUGGAUUAGGUUGGGACGGCGGAGUGUUGAAGUUGGUGUUGUGCGAAGGAGAUGUCAAUGAUUGGAUUGUCUUGGGUAGUGUAGAUGUUCAUUAA